AUGAUCCGGUAUCAGAUGCCUGUGGUCUUACUCGACCCAAACACCCGAGGAGCUGCCAAGUUUGGAAUAAUUCUCGACAAAGACAUUAAUAGCAGGAUAUGUGGGCAACAUGAUGCCCAUGCAGAAACUAAGCACCAAUAUUUGCAGCUACGUAUCAAGACAAACUCUAGCAUAAAAACAAUCUGUAAUAUCAACUACAAAGUAAUCAAAACAAUUAAGGUCCCAAACGUACCCAUGGAAGAAGCAAACGAUCCUAUUCACCAUUUGGUACAGAUGCAGGUGCUGCGACAAAAGAAACUGCGAGUGGCUAUGGAUCUCGACCAGGAGGUGGCCCAAGCUGUAAUACGCUACGGAAUUCCAGAUGAAAACCAAGACAUAUACGAAGCGGCCAACGAGGAGUACGAAGAGUUUAUGGACCAACACCCCAAAAUAGGUCUGGUCCUAGAUGCUAUGGAAUUCGGGUAUCAGCAGAUUCUCGAGUACCUUACCAUGUUUUUCCUUUGCGUGGCUGUCCUUCUCUCUGCUGGAUAUCUCGACUGGCGGUCGCGCUCAUGCGAAAUGCUUUACACAAUAAUUUUAUGCUAUCUCAUGAUACCUUUGGUGUUGUAUAUCAAGCGCAAGCGGCGGUACUGGGGUUGGGGAAAGGUCUCGAUGAUUGUGAUAGAAUAA